ACACCACGGGCGCGCAUGCGUGUUCCUCCACACCCAGAUCCCACGAGUGCGAGGCGACCUGGCGACCGGAGCCAAAACCCGCCUCCAGUGAGUCCCGCGCCGUUGCAGAGGCCGGGCGGGAAGGACACUGCCAUGGGAUCCCUCGGUCGCAAGUCCUCCGGAGACAUGACUGGGCGUUUUCUUCACGUCUUCAUCCUCGCUGGCUUGCUCGCCGCUGCCGUGGGGGGUGAGGCCUCGCCAGGGGGGGCGGGGGUGCUAGGAGAGGUUGGCGACCAGGACGAUCGCGUGAUGGUGUGCUACUUCGGGUCGUGGGCCGUCUACCGACCCGGCGCCGGCAGGUUCGACGUGGAGGACAUCGACACUGACAUCUGCACCCACCUGAUUUACGGCUUCGCGGGACUCAAGGCCGACACGCACGAGAUCGUCAGCCUCGACCCCUAUAAUGACCUCGAUGUCAACUACGGGAAAGGGGCUUUCAAGAGAUUCACGGGGCUCAAGAAACUGAAUCCUGACUUGAAGACGCUUUUGGCGAUCGGGGGAUGGAACGAAGGCUCCUCCAAGUACUCGCAGAUGGCCGCGACGGAGGACUCAAGGGCCAAGUUCAUCACGAGCUGCGUCCUGUUCCUGCAGAAGUUCGGCUUCGACGGCCUUGACCUCGACUGGGAGUACCCGACACUACGAGGCGGGAAACCUGAAGACAAGCUUAACUUCGCCCUGCUGCUCGAUGAGAUGAGAUCCAGGUUCGACAAGCAAGGGCUGAUGCUCACCGCUGCAGUGUCGGCCGGGGAAGCCACCAUCGACGCGGCCUACAAUGUCUCCGCUUUGGUGAGGAACUUAGACUUUGUCCACCUGAUGGCGUACGACCUCCACGGCACCUGGGAACAAUACGCCCACCACCAUUCCCCUCUGUACGCCUACGCCGGCGACAAAGGAGGCAACCUCAAACUGAAUGUGGAUUACGCCGUGCAGUACUGGCUCAAGCUAGGUGUGCCGGAGACGAAGCUCGUGCUGGGAAUAGGCCUAUACGGACGCUGCUUCACCCUCGCAAGGGCUGACCAGCACGAUGUGUACUCCCCGUCCUACCAGCCUGGCUUACCCGGGCCGUAUACGAGGUCGCCCGGCAUGCAAGGCUUCAACGAAAUUUGCGAAUCCGAAGGGCGCGAGGCGUGGACAGUGGUUAGAGACACCCACAUGGUUUCCCCGUUCGCCUACAGGGAGCGCCAGUGGUGUGGUUAUGACGAUGUUCAGUCCGUGGAGACGAAGGCGUCGUAUAUUGUGUCACUUGGUCUCGCUGGAGCGAUGGUGUGGUCCAUCGAGACGGACGACUUCCAUGGGAAUUGUCACGCCGGACCCUUCCCGCUCAUCACUACCAUCAGGACCGUGCUGAGAGACGGCAAACCCAUCCCAACACCCACUCCUCCGCCCACACCUACACCCACCCCAGAGCCAGAAACCACUACGGAUACCACCACCACCACCACCACCACAACGCCUUCCCCGCCGCCCCCAAGCACCGUCUGCCACAGGGAAGGCUUCAAUACAGACCCAAAAGACUGCACUGCCUUCUAUAGCUGUCAUCAGGUGGGUGACCAUUGGCAAGUGUAUCACUUCCAGUGUGCGCCUGGAACUGUAUUUGUCGAGGACCUGCAGACCUGCGACUUCGCUCAAGACCACCAAGACCUGUGCGUUAAUAACAGUUAUAGUUAUCACCAUCAAAAUCCAAACUCAAUCGACUAUGACUACGAAGUCGAUCAAAACCGACUCAACAAAGUACCCAAAGCAAAGAAAACCGAUUUCCUCGAAAAGAUGAAACGCUUUGAAAAAAAACUAAAGGAGAUUUCUGAGGCAGCCUUUCUGGACACUACUCAGGCAUCAGUCAAGACGAGAACUGUCGAAAUUCCGGCCAAAGACGACGCGAGCAAGAGGAGUCAGCACCGGCAGGCAAAGAAGCUGAGAAUGAUGAAGAAAAAGUCAAACAAGAACGGGCCGGAGGGGCUCUAUUAGGAGGGCAGAUAACUGAAGGAAGUUGAACUUGUUUUCAAGAAAGUAUUUGAGAUUUUUUAUGUCCUCUGUUGUAAAUUGUACAACAGAUUAAUAGAUAAUGAAAGUAUACUCUGUUAUUGAGUGUAAUUGUAUUUUUUAAAUAUUCCUGCUUGCCAAAAUUGUAGACAGAAAAUACUACCUACCCCAAAGAGAAAAGGAGACUGAUUCAGUGCAAUACUCACCAAUGCUGAGGAUAUAAAAGCAAUCCAACGCACAUAUCCACUGCAAUGUCCACUCAAUGGCUCUUCAUCUGGGUUGGCAAGCCCCUGUUCGAGAACGUUAUCAGUUUCUAGGGGAGGCGCGAAUCCGAAGGGAAAAGCAUGACUGUAAUUAUCAACGAAAGUGCGAGUUGAUACUGAAGAUCAUGAAAAAAAUACAAAAAUAUGCCUUCACUAA